AUGUGGCCGUCCAGCUUCCCAACUUCAGUUGCAUGUGCAAGUUCUGGUACGUCUCGAAACGCGUUGGAGGAGGAGGCUCAAUUCCAGCGUGACAAAAGUCUUGCUGAUGCGCUGAACAAGCGCUUCCAAAAUGGAGUCAUCGUAAAACUCUUAGCCACAAGGCCAGGAGGUAUUCACAAGACUGGUUUCGAUAAGAAAGUUUCGCAAGUCUUGGGUCUCCGGCAUGGGCAGCAGCCGGAACAGGAAGGCUAUCUGAGCUUGGGCUGGAAUUUGGAAGAGUGGCCAAGGUGCAAAAACCACAGCUCCGGCCAUGGAAUCGCAGGGAAUUGGUUUACGUCGGCCUCAUUUGUGAAUGAAGAACUUGCAAGUCCGUACCGAGCUGGUGAAACGGACAACGAGUUGCGUGAAGCAGGGACAUCUCUGUACGGCUGCAACCGCUAUGCCUGUGGGAGGACCCCGGAAUCGCAUAAGAUCCUUGCGGUGUUCCAGCCCAACCCCAUCGUGGGUUGUGCCUUCAUCGAGGAUGCUGGCACGAAUCAGGCAGGAGAGUUCACUGGUUGCGCGGAAGAUUGGCGAGGCUCGGCCGGCUUGGAAGUAUCCAGGUGCUUGAAUUCGCCGGAUGACUGCACUUUCAAAAUGCCUGGUUCUGAUCUUCGAGGAGGCCAUGGUUCUUGGCGCGUGGACCGCAAGUUUCUGCCCCCGAAGCUCGACUUUAGUGGCCGCUUUGACCCAGAUGCGCCGGGCUUGAAGAGGUUUGUUGCAGAUCAGAAGCGCUUCAACCCGAAGCCGUCUGCCAGCCAAGUGGCAGCUGGAGUGAGACAUCACAACCUCGGGUACAACGAGGUUAUGGUGCAAGUGGGCACUCCGGCAAUGCUCUUUGAAGAGAUGCAGAAGCAAGGCAUCCAAAGCAGGUUCAACAUGAAUCAGCUGCGGCUCUGGCAGUGCAGAACAAACGGCCUAGCUGCUUUUGCACGUGUGCAGCCUCCGGCUCCGCUGGACGAGCAUGGCCGCCAGGUAGAGAGUUGUCGCCACGAAGUCUUUCGGAAGAUGCGAGACAGUUACGACAAGGCUUGCGGUCGAGCCGAGUCCACACCCAUCCUGUUUUUCGAUUUGGAGGCAGACUCGGAGCCUUUCUCCGCGCGCAGAAUGGUGGAGCUCUUCCCCAGCCAGGGGAUUUGCGACCACGGCCUCGGCAUGGGCAGCGGUGCCAGCAAGGCACCUGAGACAAAGAGUCCCAGAGUCAAAGCAUCAGUUGAUGAAGCUGACGCCAAGCGAAUAGAAGGGGCCAAGCAUGGGCACCGGUCUGAUGAAGACUGGUUCUUUGACAAGCUGAAUGGCUUGGCCGCCGAAGGGGAUGCAAAUGAAGUGAAGGAGUUGAUUGACAAGUGGCCAAAGUGCAUCGGCAAGUCGGGUGCCAGAGAAGCAACAGUGACUGCGGCCCUCGCCGGCAAUGCAGAAACUCUAGAGACACUCCUGUCUCUGGGCGUUCGGCCUUACAUCGGCCGAGAUGAUCCAGAGGUGAAUCCACUGAUGGCAGCAAUCAAGAUGCGGCAUUGGAACUGCAUUGUUCUGCUUGUUGAAAGGGCGUUGAAGUACGACUUUUCGACAGGCUUGCUGCAGGAUGGCAUGCAGGAGUUCGUCCUUUCCGGUGACACCGACAUGAUCGAUACAUUGGUUACCAAAUACAACAUCCCGGGUAAUGCGAAGCUCUUGACCACCGCCUUGAUGAAGGUGAAAGACCCUGAGAAGGCAGCAGCGAUGUUUGAGAGAUUGGCGGAAGGCGCUAAGAGCUUUAACACCGUGUCAACCGUUGCAGAAGAAGAAGGAAGUCUUGGCGGCGAGUUCGCCCCUAUCCAUGCCGCAUGCGUGGCGAAGAAGGAUUCAUUGCACAGGUUCAUCCCGUUUCUCGUAGACAAGGGGGUUGACCUGUCACUGUGGGGUAAGAUGCUGAGUUUGAAAACUUCGUAUGCCAAGCGCCUACCACUGCACUAUGCGGCUGAGAACAAGAGCAUGAAGACUGAGACAGUCGUGAUGGUUGCAAAGGCAUAUCCGCAAGCAUUGUUCGAGCCGGUGAACAAUGUUCCCGGCCGGGCCCUGCCGUGCCAAUGCUCCAAGCACAACCCGGAAACCCAGAAGGCAUUGGAGACGUUCAUGUACGAAUACAUCUGCGAAGCAUGUGACGCUGUGAAGCCCGAGAAUAUGGCGGACCUCUUCCGCUUGAUGAGACUCGCCAUCGAAUUCGAAGGCGUCCGAACAAUUCCGACAGAAGAGCUUCCAAGAGGGAAGGUGACGGCUCUGGUUUCUCCGCUGGUCAGGGAAGGCCUGCAUGGAUCGGAGGCACGCCACUUUGUACAGGAAGCUGCUGCCUUUGCGGCUGCCAACCCUAGAGUGAACCUCGGGCGCGAGGGGGAGACCAAAGUUCAGGUCAAGAGCAUCAGCUCCAUUGGGAAGGUUCUGCAGAGCGACUUCUGGGAGCUGCUGCGCUUGGUGAGCCGUGCGGGCAAAGGUAAAGCCGACUGCAGCGAGUUGCUCAGCCCGACGGAGCUGGAGAACCUGCUUUCACAGGAAAUUUCGGCCAGGCUGCAGUGGGCCGCGGAGGCUUGUGCUUCUGGAAAAGAGUCGCUUGCGGACGGCCUCAGCACCUCCGAUGCCGUGAGAUAUGCUCUAUUCGUCGUAGCUGGACUGAGUUCUGCCGCUAAGAGCUCGAGUGGAGACGGCGACGACGAGCCAGCUUCAGGCCCGGCGACAAUGGCUUCACUGGCGAUGGGCAUGGUUGGCGAGCACUUGGAGACGUUGGUCAGUUGGUACUGCCAGGAGCUUCAAAUUCCGAGCGGUUGGAAUCUUCUGGACCUGUUGAAGCAAGGACUUGCAGGUGGUGGUGAAGGUCUCAGUGAUGUUGUCUUUUCAGCGGGUGACAUAGUCAUCAAAAAGGCACUCCCAGCCGAUCAUCCUCAGUUCCUAUGGCUGCAAGGUCUCUUCGAAAAGACUUUCCUAGGGAUUUACACUCGAGACCGCAGGGGCGAGAGUGUUCCCAAGUCCUUGGAAGUCCAAGAGGUGGAGCAAGUCUACAACUGCGGGAGCUGGGGGGAAUAUGCUCGUCGUCGGCAGACAGUGCUGCAAGACAUGGCGAAGGGUGGUACUUCCUGGGUUGGCGAGUUGAAGACAGACAAAAGCGCACUUGGCGAGCCGCCUGAUUGGCAGACAGGGACAGAGCCAGGUCCCAACGAGCAUUGGCUUUUCCACGGCACAUCUCUGGCUGGCGAGGCUGGAAUAACGGAAGGCGACUUCCGACUGAAUAUGGCAGGCAGCAAUGCCGGAACUUUGUAUGGCAAUGGUGUGUACUUGGCGGAGGCUGUGUCCAAAAGUGAUGAGUAUACUACACCGCACCCCAAUGGCCUGCGGAGCAUGCUGAUUUGCUUAAGUGCCCUCGGGCAAGUGAAUUACAACGAUCAGAAGCGGCCCGAUGGUGAUGAGCUUGCAGCAUCCUGCAAGGGCGGUGGCUUUCAUAGCAUCCUCGGUGACCGGGAAAAGAUCCGGGGCACGUACCGUGAGAUUGUCGUCUUUGACGAAGAUCAGGUUUACCCGGCGUACGUCUGUCGGUACAAUCGUGUGACUUGA